AGCGUCUUGUACCUCCAGCACGCUUUCUUGAUAGCCUCCAUCCUCUUCUCCCAUCCCUUUCUACUAAGCCCUCAUUAAUCAUGGGUUAUGCAGGUUGGCUUUUCCUAUUUGCCGUGCUUAUGGCUGCAGGUCUGCUGUUCACGGCGGUAUUCUUUAUGAUCAUGUUCUCGGACUUGGAGUCAGAUUACAUCAACCCCGUCGACCUCUGUAACAAGCUGAACCAAUUUGUGCUUCCAGAGCACACAGCACACGCAUUCCUCACCGUACUCUUCCUCAUAUCCGGCCAAUUCAUCGCGUUCUUGCUUAAUGCUCCACUAUUGGCAUUCAACGUCCGCAAGAUCAUGAACCAGAAUCACGUAUAUGACGCGACAGAAAUCUUCCGUACACUCGAACCACACAAAAAGGAGAUAUUCAUCAAGUUGGGUUUCUAUCUCCUGAGUUUCUUCUACUACCUCUAUCGUAUGAUCCUCGCGCUUGUCCAAGAGAGUCCAUGAGCAACUUACAUUGGGGCAGUAGAAAGUCGCGCUGGGGUAGGGGUUUGUGCUUCAUCUGGUGUUUCCUUCUUGCUUGUUCUGAAUGUUCUUCUCCGUCAUCCUUUUCUCUCGUGCUUGUAAUUAAUUACUAACGAUGCAAGGUGUGUAGAAAUAGAAACAGCUGAUGCAUGAAGUUGACCGC